AUGUUAUCAACUUCAGCAGAACCAAGGUCGACCGAGAGAACACCAGUACCUAGUUCUUCAACAGAAUUUGCGACUAUUUUCGCGACGGCAGCAGAGCCCGAUUCCUCGUCUCAACCUCCAUCUGAAAUUAUUGAACCAAAAACCACAUCUACUGGAGUAACAAGGCCUAGCGAAGGGGGAAACACAACAAUUACUGAAAUGGUAUCUGCAUAUACAGUAACUGCAGGUAAGACAUCGGCAACUGGACCAUCGCCUGGAACAACAAAAGGAUCUACAGCAACUACUGGCAGGACAUCUACUGGUAUAACCUCUUUGACAGAAUCGCUAACUACAGCUACUGAAUACUUCUAUUCCUCUCCGGCUGCUGAAACUUCAAUAAUGUCAACUAAAUUAUCUGUAACAACAAGCAUGCCAACUAUAAUUUCUACUGGCGUAACAUCUGCAUAUGCGAACCUGACAACCGCAACUACUGGCAAAACAUACACUACAUCUAAUGAACCAACACACAGAGGUACUAUAUCAGUAACUACCAUAACUCUUAACUUAACAUCAGACAGUGAGACGCUAUUCUCUCCCAUGAGUUACUAA